GAUCCACGCUUGAAGAGGGUGAUGGGGUCACCAUUUCCGGUGUUCUUCCUGUUGUUUCUUGAGCAGCGCCGGUCUCGGUUUGCAGUCCUGAAGUAUGCAAUCCAGAGUUGCCGGGUUGAAUGUCUUGGGCGCUGGGUGAGCCCGUAGAGAUUUUCUUGCCCUUGCUGUCCAUGACUUGUAAUCAAUGAAGUCGUUGAAUUGCAGAUUGUAGAUAGAGCAUAGUUGCUGGGAGUUUGGUCUCUGACCAGCUCUCAUACCAUAGAGAGGGGGAAUGCAGAGAGGGGAAUGCAGAGAGGAGGAGAAUGCAGAGAGAGGGGAUGCAGAGAGGAGGAGGGAAUGCAGAGAGAGGGGAAUGCAGAGAGAGGGAAUGAAGGAGGGAAUGUAGAGAGGAGGGGAAUGCAGAGAGAGGGGGAAUGCAGAGAGAGGGGGAAUGCAGGAGAGGAGGGGGAAUGCAGAGAGAGAGGGGAAUGCAGAGAGAGGGGGAAUGCAGAGAGAGGGGGAAUGCAGAGAGAGGGGGAAUGCAGAGAGAGAGGGGAAUGCAGAGAGAGGGGGAAUGCAGAGAGGAGAGGAAUGCAGAGAGAGGGGGAAUGCAGAGAGGGGAGAGAGAGAGGGAAUGCAGAGGAGGAGGAGGGAAUGCAGAGAGGGGAGAGAGGAGAGGAAUGCAGAGAGAGGGGGAAUGCAGAGAGAGGAGGAGGAAUGGAGGAGAGGAGGAGGGGAAUGCAGAGGAGGAGAGGGGAUGCAGAGAGAGGGGGAAUGCAGAGAGAGGGAGGGAAUGCAGAGAGGAGGAGAAUGAGAGAGGAGGGGAUGCAGAGAGAGGGGGGAAUGCAGAGAGAGGAGGAAAUGCAGAAGAGGGGGAAUGCAGAGAGAGGGGGAUGCAGAGAGAGGGGGAAUGCAGAGAGGAGGAAGAGAUGGAGGGGGGAAUGCAGAGAGGAGGGAAUGCAGAGAGGAGAGGAUGCAGAGAGGGGGGAAUGCAGAGAGAGGGGGAAUGGAGAGAGGGGGAAUGCAGAGAGGAGGGAAUGCAGAGAGAGGGGAAUGCAGAGAGGGGGGAAUGCAGAGAGGAGGGAAUGCAGAGAGGAGAGGAUGCGAGAGAGGCAGAGAGAGGGGGAAUGGAGAGAGAGGGGGGAUGCAGAGAGGGGAGAAUGCAGAGAGAGGGGAAUGCAGAGAGAGGGGGAAUGGAGAGAGAGGAGGAAUGCAGAGAGGAGGGGAAUGCAGAGAGGAGGGGAAUGCAGAGAUAGGGGAAUGGAGAGAGAGGGGAAUGGAGAGAGAGGGGGAAUGGAGAGGAGAAGGGAAGCAGAGAGGAGGGGAAUGCAGAGAGGAGGAAGCAGAGAGGAGGGGAAUGGAGAGAGAGGGGGAAUGCAGAGAGAGGGGGGAAUGCGGUGAGGGUAGCGUUCUUGAAUGCAAACAUAU